GUGACUUGCACAGCCUUUGCUCCCAUCAAAAGCAGCGGCGUGCGGUGUGCGGCGUGCUCUCCCCUGAUGGAAGCGUCGAGCUCGGUGCAGCUUUCAUCUUUCUGAGCAGUCGUGCACAAAGCGUUCUUGAACAUCGUCCGUCCGCCGACACUCGUGACUCGUGACUGCGCAGGGUCGCGCAAACGCACUCUUUUGACUCCAUCUGCCAUUCAGAUUGUCACAUCUCCUACAUCCAUCAUGUUGCUCCGGAUAGUGGGACUGGGCGGAAGGGGGCCGCUCAAGAGUAGACAGCUUCUUCAUCCAGAAUGUCUUCACCUCCCGAGGUUCGCAGGCGCUGCGCACGUACCGUUUCGAACAAUCAACUCCACGCACACAUCCAUCCGCAGCCGCCCAAGGAUUCAGGCGCCAUCGCCAUUCCAGCAUCCAGACUUGCGGGCCGUCUCGCCCGUCUGGAGCAGCUCCAGCUCGACAAAGAGCAGCUGCGCUUCGGUCGUCCUUCGAAGAUGUGUUCGGUGGUGGGCAUCGCAAGUCUCGACUGGAGGUAGCAGCAGCAGCAGCAGCUCGCAAACAUUUGCGCAGCGCAUCAGGCCCUACGUCGAGCUGGCUCGGUACGACAAACCGAUCGGUACUUGGCUGCUCUUUCUUCCCUGCACCUUCAGUCUCACCUUGGCUGCUCAGCACUUGGCAGCGUCUCCCGCACAAGUCCUUGCUUGCUACGCCAUCUUUGGUACGGGUGCGCUGGUCAUGCGCGGAGCAGGAUGCACCAUCAAUGAUAUGUGGGACCGCAAGUUGGAUCAAGGCGUCGAACGCACGCGAUCCAGGCCCAUCGCUUCGGGCGCCUUGACCCCGAUGAAUGCGCUCGUCUUUCUAUCUGGUCAGCUCAGUCUUGGACUCGCAGUCUUGCUUCAACUCAACUGGUACUCAAUCUUCUUCGGUGCCACGUCGCUUGGCCUCGUCAUUGUGUAUCCGCUCAUGAAGCGCAUCACACACUGGCCACAAUUGGUGCUUGGUCUUGCAUUCAACUGGGGAAGCUUGUUGGGCUACGCAGCGCUAGGUGGUCAUCUGCACCUUCCCAUCGUGCUACCUCUGUACGCAGGGACGGUCUGCUGGACGAUCUUGUACGACACGAUAUACGCUCAUCAGGAUGCCAAGGACGAUCUAGCUACGGGUAUCAAGAGCACAGCGCUGUUAUUCGGAGACAAGACCAAGCCGAUUCUAUCCCUCUUUGGCACAUGCUUCGUCGGCAGCACGGCAGUCGCGAUGGGCAAUGCGAGCAGCGGCGCUGCUGCUGCUGCUGCUGCUCAGGCCUUGCCGCCGUCCGCCUCUGAGAUUCUCGCAGCAGCGAAACAAGCCUGGUCCUUGCCAGCACCCUCCACGAUCGUCGAGGCGCUCAGCACAGCCGUUUCUUCCAUCGACCUGUCUGCACAUCCCGCAGGUUGCGCAGCUCUGGGUGCGGUAGCCGCUCAUCUCUACUGGCAGAUCAAGACUGUUGACUUGGCGGACCGAGCGGACUGUUGGAGCAAGUUCAGAUCCAAUCGAGAUGUGGGCUUGCUGCUUUGGUUCGGCUUGGCGGUCGACUAUGCCAUCUCGCUGAUGUGGUGACCACGUC